AUGUCUGGGCAUGGGUCGUCGGGCAGGCACCCCUUCUACCGCGGCAUCCGGAGCCGGUACGGGAAGUGGGUCUCGGAGAUCCGGGAGCCGCGGAAGGCGCGCCGCAUCUGGCUCGGCACGUUCCCGACGGCCGAGAUGGCCGCCGUGGCGUACGACGUGGCCGCCCACGCUCUCCGCGGGGCCGACGCGGCGCUCAACUUCCCCGCCUUAGCGGCCACGCGCCCGGCACCGGCGUCCACCUCCGCGGACGGCAUCCGCGCGGCGGCGGCCGCCGCAGCCGCCUCCAUCCGGCACGACCGCGCCGGCGGCGGCAUUGCCCCUGCGGCUGCUGGAUCCGCUCUGCAGCAGCAGUUGGGUGGAACUGGAAGCAGUGCCGCUGAUGCUGCCUCGGCGAGCGUCAUGGCCCAGCAGGAUCGAGCCGGCAUUGGGUUCAAUCAGUACUUCCUGGACGAGGAGGCGCUCUUCGAGACGCCGCAGUUCCUCCGCAACAUGGCCGCCGGGAUGAUGAUGAGCCCCCCGAGGCUCAGCCCCGACUCCUCCGACGAAUCGCCGGACCCUUCCGAGGUUGGGGAGAGCCUCUGGAGCUACCGUGACCCGUAA